UGUACAUCCCUCAAUUUCGUGUACCUUCUCAAUAAGGUCAUAGGCAUUGCCCCUUUUUCCUUCGAUGACACAAAUGCGAAACUAGUUGUAUCGACUGCGGGAAAAUUACACAGUGUCGUCGUGAGCUUUCUGUUGUUAGCUUCCUUCUAUUUUGAAAUAAUAUCAGUUUUGGAGGGUAGUGACCUGGAAGACAGAAUUGCAGACUAUUCUGAUAUUUUCAGCGAGAUGCUUUUUAACAUCUGGUGGCUCUGCAGCAUUACAUACAGCAGUGAAGUGGUCAGACGAGAAUUUGGCAACACGGAGCGCCUGGUGAAGAAGCUGCUGCUGCUGCCAACACCAGUGGACCGCAGCUGUUCUGCGGAACUUCAACUGUUCGCCCAGCAGCUGGCUGGGCGGUCAGUCAGCUACAGCGCAGCAGGGCUCUUCUCGCUGGACCUGUCAAUGGUGAGGCCAGCUGUGGCCACCGCCACCACCUACCUCGUCGUUCUCGUCCAAUUUGGUUUGUCAGAUAUCAGCAAGCAGUCAAACAACGAGAGUAACUACCUUAAUGAGACUUCCAGAUAA